UCGGCGGCGCAAGCACAAGCGGCGCGAUGACAACCUGAUUCCGCUGCCCGAGAACUACUCCAAGACGCGCUGGGGAGACGACUCGCACCGAAGGAGGAACAGAAGGAGGCGCAGGAACAGGAAGCUGCCCGACGAGUGGAUGAAGGAGGCGCAGAACCACAUUAGCAACGAUGCCAACACCCUGAGCUCGCUGACGGGCGUGGUGGGCGGCAAGGGGGGCGCGCGGGCGUGCGAGCGACACCAGCUGGAGAUAAAUAUCAAGGAAUUGGGAUGGGACCAGUGGAUCGUUAUGCCGACCUUCUUCAACGCCUACUACUGCGCUGGCGUGUGUCCCAGCCCGCUCACGAAGAGCUUGAGCGGCAGCAACCACGCCAUCAUACAGUCCCUGAUCUACGUCCUGGGCGGGCGUCCUGAGGUCCCUGCCCCUUGCUGCGUCCCUGAGAAGCUCGACGCCAUCUCCCUCCUGUUCCAAGAAGGCGACGACGGCUCCAAGUACCUCCUCAAGAACUACCCGAAGAUGUCCGUCUCCUCCUGCAGCUGCCAGUGAAAUCGCCGAGACGGAAGCAAGAACGACGGUCU